AUGGCCGUUCCCCUUCUCUUCUCUCCUCGACCUUCCCUGUCCCCGGCCUUCCAAUCUCAGGUCUUCUUCCACUUUUUAAUUUUUUUUAUUCUCUUUCGCACUCGUCUUUUUUCUUUUCUCGGUGAAUUUCUGUUUUUUUUUUUUAAUUUCCGUCUUCCUUUUUGUAGUUUAUUUCCCUUCUCUUUUUGUACCCCCACCCUUUCUCAUAUAUCAUUUAUUAUUCGUUUAAUUCUUCUUCUUAUCUUCCUUUCUUUUUCUACGUUCUAUUCUUUAAAAUUUUUGCUUUUACGUUUGUUUCUCUCCUCUGUUUUUCUUUCUUUGAAACUCUCUCUUAAAAACAAACUCUCUUUCUCAUUUCUUUUUCUCUUCUCGUUCAUUCAUAAUCUAUAUAUUUUUCUGUUUCCGUCUUUCAUCUUUAUUCUAAUCAUCCUCUUUCGUCCUUUAGUUUCCAUUUUCUCUUUUAUUUUUCCCCAAUCUCCCGCAUCUUUUUCUCUUUCUUCUUUGUAUCUGUUUCUUUCUUACUGCUUCAUCUUUUCUUUCCCCAUCUCUUUCCUAAUUAGCUCCUCUCGUUCAAUUCGAUUUAUUCUCCAUUACAUACUCUCUCACCUACCCCCUUAUUUCAUUUCUUAUCAUUCUCUUUUAAAAUCUUCUCUCUCUCAUUUUCUUUCUUUCUUUCACUGUUUCUAUUGUUUUUUAGUUUAUGUAUCUUUCUCGGUCUUUUUGUUUACAUCUCUCUUUCACUUUUCUUGUUUAUGUCUAGCUCUUUUUGUUUGUUUUUCUCUUUCUCAGUCUUACUUUCUCCCUUUCUCAGUUUUGUUUCUCUUUCAGUCCCCCCCUCUCAGUUCUGUUUUUACUCUUUCUUUUCCCUAUUUUUCCAUCUCUCUCUCUUUCACUUUUCAGUCUAUUGAUCAUAUCCAUCUAUCUCGAUUUGAAUUUUCAUAUCUACCUAUUGAUACCCGGUUUAAACAUUUCUGUUAG